CUCAAUUGCCCCGCGUCCCUACGUCCACAUCAUCAUCAAUAAUCUGCAGGGAUAUUACGUCCACAGUUGAGAAUCAAGCUCUCACCGUGGCUCGAAUAACCCCUCGCCGCUUUACUCUAUAAUAUCCUUGAAGAAACCAUUCGUUUUCGAACUCAUUUUCGCAUAAGCGCGGUGCAUAUAUUGCGGCAUUUUCAGGGAUUGGAAUAACCAUCCAAUGAUAAACAGCUGUCAAUAGCGCAAUUACGAAUGACCAUGGGCGAAGAAACACUUCCUGUUAUUGGCAUCUUGUCGAUUGGCGACAUGGGACUUGGCAUCGCCAGACUCUUGAUCAGCCAAGGAUAUAGAGUCGUCACUUACGCAGAGGAUAGAAGCGAGCGCACUCGCGAUAGAGCUCGAUCUAACAGUGUAGAACUCUUAUCCUCUAUCAGCGACUUAGUCAAUCAGUCUGACUGCAUGCUUUCCAUUGUCCCGCCGCGAGAUGCGUUAGCUACUGCACAGCGUGUACUCGACGUCGAAUCCCAUGGGCGAAAACAACCCCUGUACUACUUGGAACUGAACGCUAUAUCCCCAGGCUUAUCGGCCGAAGUGGAAGCUUUGUUUCAGGGCAACGAGAGUAUCACCCUCAUUGAUGGUGGGAUCAUCGGAGGACCUCCGUCCCCAAAGAAUGACUCACCGACAGGCUGGAAGUGUCCAUCCCUGGUUACAUCUGGACCGACCAAGCUACCUUACGAGGAUCUGGUCCAGAAACUCAACAUGAAACAUGUUUCUCCGAGCAUAGGUGGUGCUUCGGGUCUCAAAAUGUGUUUUGCAAGUAUGACCAAGGGAUUCAUUGCUCUUGCUAUUGAGUCUUUUGUGACGGCAGAUUCACUCGGUGUUCUCCCAGAGUUGCGUCAACAAAUGGAAAUGCACAACGCCGAAGGCCUAGCUAUUGCCUCCCGAGGUAUAACCAGCAUGCCUCCCAAGGCUUACCGCUGGGUGUAUGAGAUGCAGCAAAUUGCGGUCACAAUGCACGAAAAUGGUGGAUUUAACAAGGGAAUGUUCGAUGAAGUUGCCGAAGUCUAUCGUGUUGUCGCCGAGGACACCGAGCUUGGCCUAGAGCAAUCGGGGGAAAGAAACAGAGGGACAACAGUGGAAGAUGUUGUAGAGGCAAUGCAAACCGGCAUGAAGAAUGCGAAACAAGGUAGCUAGGUUUAUAGCUAAUCACCUAGCUUUGGUAUGCCAUCGGCGAUUCUGGAGCUGGUGAUACCUCUGGUGUAUCGCAACGGGAUAUACAGGGUAAAUGAAACAGUUAUUGGUUUGAACAUGUGAAUCGGAUGUUUAA